UCUUGUUUUUGAACUUCACCCUCACAAAAGCUGUUUCUCAUCAUGCCAAACCAACAGAAGAAAAUCAUUUUUUGCAUGGCCGGGGUGUUAAGCUUUGUGUGCGCUCUCGGAGUUGUCACAGCACUGGGGACCCCGUUGUGGAUCAGAGCCACCAUCCUCUGCAAAACGGGGGCUCUGCUCGUCAACGCCUCUGGGCAGGAGCUGGACAAGUUUAUGGGAGAGAUGCAGUACGGGCUUUUCCACGGAGAGGGCGUGAGGCAGUGUGGGCUAGGAGCAAGGCCCUUUCGGUUCACAUUUUUCCCAGAUCUGCUCAAAGCAGUCCCAGUGAGCGUCCAUGUCAACGUCAUCCUCUUCUCUACCAUCCUCAUUGUUUUAACCAUGGUGGGAACAGCCUUCUUCAUGUACAACGCUUUUGGCAAGCCCUUUGAAACUCUGCACGGUCCGCUGGGGUUGUAUCUUUUGAGCUUCAUUUCAGGCUCUUGUGGCUGUCUUGUCAUGAUAUUAUUUGCUUCCGAAGUGAAGAUCCACCAUCUUUCAGAAAAAAUCGCAAAUUAUAAAGAAGGGACUUAUGCCUACAAAACGCAAAGUGAAAAAUACACCACCUCAUUCUGGGUUAUUUUCAUUUGCUUUUUUGUUCAUUUUCUGAAUGGGCUCCUAAUACGACUUGCUGGAUUUCAGUUCCCAUUUGCAAAAUCUAAAGACACAGUGACGAGUAAUGUAGCCGCAGAUCUAAUGUACUGAAAAGCAAAUGUUUCUAUAACUGUCCAAGUAAGGGCUUAGGCUUGCUUUGGUCACUUUUAGAUAUAGUGACUUUUGUCCGUCCUUUUAGACUGCAUGAAUUAAAGCAUCAGAACCCUCGUGACAAUGUUUACAAACUGUGUACUAAGAAUACAGUCUGGAAAGUAAGGGAAGCAGGAGGAAGGCCUUGGAAAGAUGUUUAAGCUGAUGAGAAACUACUUGAGCCAGCUAAUCAAAGGCAGUUGUCUGGAAUGGACAAAUUGUUACUCCAUACACGUAUCAGAUGCAAGAUGCCUGUUCUGAUAUUCCUCAGGGAGGACUCACAAGGCACAUGGAAUAUGGUUAAUAAAAACAAAUAUUUCUGAUACAUUCACACAUUUGUUGCUACAGAUAUCAGAAAACCAAGCUGGAAUAGCUUUCCUAAAAUGAUAACGCAUUAAAUGAACAUCUAUAAAAUGUAUCAAUGCUCUUUUUGAAAAGUGUGUUUAAAGCACAGUCUUAGUAACCAUGCCUAUUAGUCAAAGUCGCAGACCUCUAAAAGAAAAAAGUAAGAAAGAACAAAGCU